AUUCUAGGUGCGGAUUCGCAGAAUUCUGCCGCGGCCUGUGUUGGCCGGGACGGACUCAGAGGCUUUUUUAAGUCACUGCAUCUGAAGGCGCUCGCUUCUCCGCUGAGCCGCACCUGUUCGUGGUGGGGCAGGAGGCAGCUCGGAGCAAUGAAACUCGGGCUUCUGUUAAGAACCCAUCGGAGAAAGCAGGUCUGCGCUCUCCUCCGUGGCGGCCUUAGGGGUGCCCUGAUGCACUAGCGGCUUACCAUGGCUCAGCGAGCGGUGUGGCUCGUAAGCCACGAACCCGGAACUCCCCUUUGCGGCACGGUCAGGUUCUCCAGACGGUUUCCAACUGUUGAAAAACGAGCCAAAGUCUUCAAUGGAACAAGUUAUGUGCCUAUUCCUGAAGAUGGUCCCUUUCUUAAAUCAUUACUCUUCGAACUUAGAUUAUUGGAUGAAGAUAAGGACUUCAUGGAGAGUCGUGAUAGCUGUUCUCGCAUCAAUAAAACAUCUGUGUAUGGACUUAAAGUGGGAGGUGAAGAACUCUGGCCAGUUGUUGCUUUUCUGAAGAAUGGCAUAGUAUAUGCUUGUGUUCCACUAGUUGAACAAACUUUAUCUCCUCGUCCAGCACUAAUUAGCAUUAGUGCAAUUUCACAAGGCUUUGAGCUUCUUUUUGGGAUACAGGAUUUUCUUUACUCAAGUCAAAGAAUGGAUACUGAGCUAAAUACAAAGCUGAGCCAAUUGCCUGACCUGCUUCUACAGGCUUGCCCCUUUGGAACUGUAUUAGAUGCCAACUUACAGAAUUCGUUGGAUAGCAUCAAUUUUGCUUCUGUGACUCAUCCACAAAAACAGCCAGCCUGGAAAGCUGGGACAUACAAAGGAAAACCACAAGUUUCUAUUUCUAUCACUGAAAAAGUAAAAUCUAUGCAAUAUGAUAAACAGGAUAUUGCAGAUACAUGGCAAGUAGUUGGAACUGUCACUUGCAAGUGUGAUUUAGAAGGAAUCAUGCCAAAUGUUACCAUCAGCUUGAGUCUCCCUACCAAUGGAUCUCCACUUCAGGAUAUUCUAGUUCAUCCUUGUGUGACUUCUCUUGAUUCUGCCAUUCUGACUUCUAGUAGCAUUGAUACAAUGGAUGAUUCUGCAUUCAGUGGACCUUACAAAUUUCCAUUCACUCCACCUUUAGAGUCAUUCAACUUAUGUUACUACACUUCCCAGGUUCCUGUCCCACCAAUUUUGGGCUUUUAUCAAAUAAAAGAGGAAGAAGCACAACUAAAAAUAACAGUUAAUUUAAAACUUCAUGAAAGUGUGAAAAAUAAUUUUGAAUUCUGUGAAGCUCAUAUACCAUUUUAUAAUAGAGGUCCAAUCACACACGUGGAAUACAAAGUUAGUUUUGGCCAGCUCGAAGUAUUUCGAGAAAAAAGCUUAUUGAUCUGGAUUAUUGGUCAGAAGUUCCCAAAAUCAAUGGAAAUUAGUCUUUCUGGAACUAUAACUUUUGGAGCCAAGAGCCAUGACAAGCAGCCAUUUGACCACAUUUGUAUUGCGGGUACAGCAUAUUUAAAGCUUCAUUUUAGGAUCUUAGAUUACACACUUACUGGGUGUUAUGCGGAUCAGCAUUCAGUUCAAGUUUUUGCAUCAGGAAAACCAAAAAUAAGCACACAUCGGAAACUAAUUUCUUCUGACUAUUACAUCUGGAAUUCUAAAGCUCCUGCUCCAGUGACAUAUGGGUCAUUAUUACUAGCAUAAACCAGUGUGUUUCUAGUCCUGAGUUACCCUGUCACAUGUUCCUUCCUGUGCCUGUGGCAGACAUGACUAAUCAAUCGCAGCCCUUUUUCUCCACUAAGCUUCAUGGAUACAGGCUCAGGUUCCUCUUCAGUUCAGACCUGCAGGCAGCCACUCUUGAUGGAUUGCUACUCCAAACCUGAGUACCAAGCUUCUAAUACAUUGUGUUGUUACAGAAUGCCAGAGACCACAUUAGGAACAACUGUAAAUCUCUUGAGAAAAAAAAACAAAAAACACACAAAGCAUUCAAUGAAAACAAAGCAAAAUUCUUUAUAAACAGUAAACUGUUCUUAACCAGAACUAUCCAAUUGACUUAUAAAGAAUCUGCAUAAUUCUAGUUAAGGUAUUUAUUUCUGUUCUAGAGUUACUUUUCAGAUAAGCUUAUUGUCUGCCACAAUAAUUUGCGUUUGAGUGUCAGCAAGAGGGGUGGUAUAUCUUCAGAAGAUGAACAUAGUGUUUUGUGAUCACUUAAUGUGUACAGCCAAAUUUUUAAAGAUAAAUUUAGGUAUUAUAUUGCUUUUUUCAUGUUUUAUUAAGUUCAUUAAUGAAUAAGUUCAGGUAAAAAUUCAUAUAGCCUAUUUUCUUUAAAUUUGUCAUUAUCGCUUUCUUAUUAGCAUUAUCUUAGUUUCCUCGAGAAUCAUCUAAUCAUACUCUUUAAUCUUUACCUGUCUUGACAGUUAUAUGUCUCAUUCUGUUUUCAAAGCAGUUCAUUGUCAAGUUGGACUUUAAGUGACUGUUCAUGAAAAGAUAAAAUCUCAAGAUCCUCAAAUCCUAAUCCAUGUCAAUUUUCUUUUCACGGAACAGAAUUAGAAGUGUUAUGAAAAAAUAUACAUUACAGAUUAGUAUACAAAUAAAUUAUAUCUUAGUUUCUAUUUUUUAAUGAGUCUCUUAAGGAAAAGCUUAGAAAAAGGUGCUAACUCCUUGAAAGGGAAUUAUGGUAGUUUGAAGGGAUAUUGCAUAUAAAUUUAGGAUUUGAAAUGUGAUUUUUUUCAUUAAGGUCAAUCCUACUCAGUAUAAACUCAUAUUUUCUGCAAGGCAUUAUCGUGGCAUAAUGUUCUCUCUUCAAAAUUAUCCUUAGUAACACAGGAAAUAGAAUAACUACCUGAUCAGGACUUUAACUUAUUAGCCUAGCUUCAUCAUAGUAGUAAAAACCUUCCUUUAAAAAAAA